AUGGCAGAACACUCCGACAUGUAUCUCAAAGAUUCCAAGGAGCCGUUGACUGUCACUCCCGUAUCCCUUGAUUACCUCGUUGAAAAAUACCCAGACAAUAUCGACUUGGAGAUUAUGGAUUACUUCGGUAUUAAGAACCAGGACUUCGAGUCCAUCUGUGAAAGCGAUCUUCCGGAGGAGGUCGAGAGUGCCAAUUGGGCUCGACGUGUUCGCUAUUUCUGUGAUGGGGUUUCUUAUAUGUAA